AUGGAGCUAUUGAAUGGCACAUAUUCACAUCAUGUGCGAUACUAACUAGCAAAAUAAUAAAUUGACUCUCUGUUUCUCAAAUGGAUAUCAGCACCUUAAACUAAUAAGCUUAUUAACCAGUUCAUAAAUGAGAUACACAAGCCUGGCCCAACUUUGUUAGCCCCACCUUCUCCUAUUUUCAUUUCUAAAUUGAACAGUCAAACUUCACCUAAAGGACAGACACCUCCAAGAUCGCCAUCAGGAGAGAAAUUCAUGGGAAGAACUUUGAGUCCAAAGUAGACUGUGAAUUUACUUGAUCCUAAAUUGAGCUAGCCGAUUUCUUUAGAAGAGAUUCAUCCAAGUUCUUAUGGUAGUCCUAAAUCUAAAAAUCCCUUUAAUGAAAAAUUUGCGAAGACAGACACCGAAGCUAUGGCUUAGAUAGUGAGACAAAGAUAACAAGAAAAAUAAGCAGCUUAGCCGAUUCCUUAGCCUCAAGUUAGUGUACAGUAACAAUAAAUAGUCCAAUAAUAGCAAAUGAGGCAACCAGAUAUUCCGAAAUUCUAUUUCCCUGAAGGCAAACCUAUUGAAUCAGAGGUAUAGAAGACAUCUGAUGAAACAAUAGAGAAAAUUUUUACUGGAAAGCCAGAACUUAAAAAAGAAGAAUUUGAUUAGAUAACUACAGAUGUAUGCGGGCUGCCGAAGUUCUUUAUGAAUGUCCUAUUUGAACGAAUAGAUUCUGGGAAGACUGGAAAAAUUAAUAAACAGCAUUUCCUCCAUUUUUGGAAAAGAGAAUUUGAAAAGAUAGAUGUAAAAAAGCGCAUGUUUAAAAUUAUUGCUAAGCCAGGCGUUGAAUAUAUUGCGACCGAUGAUUUAAAGCCUCUUUUUAAGUAACUGCUUGAAACUCAUCCAGGUCUUGAAUUCCUACAAUAAACUCCUGAAUUCUAGGAUAGAUAUUCAGAUACAGUUGGCAUGAGGAUAUUUUACUUGGUAGAUUCGAAUGAUGAUGGAAAGAUUACCUAUAGAGACUUCAAAAGAUCGAAUUUAAAGGAUGUAUUUUUCAAUGUUGCUGCUGAGGAGGAUAUCAAUAAAAUAAGAGAAUACUUCUCUUAUGAGCAUUUUUAUGUUCUCUAUUGCAGAUUCUGGGAGUUGGAUACUGAUCAUGACUUCCUAAUAGAUAAAGAAGAUUUUUCUAGGUAUGAAGGGCAUGCUUUGUCAAGAAAGGCAGUGGAUAGAAUUUUUGACUAAAUUCCUAGAAAAUUCAAAUCCGGAGUCAAGGAUAAAAUGGGUUAUGAAGAUUUUGUAUGGUUUAUGCUAUCUGAGGAAGAUAAGACUACCUUCCGAAGUUUGCAAUACUGGUUCUCUAUUAUAGAUCUCGAUUAAAAUGAAAUAAUUACUCCUCAUGAAAUGGAAUACUUCUAUGAGGAGUAGGUCCAUAGAUUAGAAUAUCUAAAUCACGAGCCAAUUUUGUUCGUUGACUUAUUAUGUCAAAUGAAUGAUAUGAUAAAGCCGAAAAAAGAGGGUCAUUUCUCAUUUCUAGAACUAAAAAAGUAUAAUCAGCAAAUUGGUAUAUUCUUCAACUGCUUAGUCAACCUUAAUAAAUUUAUUGCAUAUGAAACUAGAGAUCUAUUUGCAAUAAAACAUCAAUAAACAGAGUUUCCUAAUUACAGUGAGUGGGACAGAUUUGCUAAAUCGGAGUAUGAGAGAUUAGCAAUGGAAGAAGAAAAUGGAGAAGACUCAGAAAUGCUGGAUGCUAUGGAAGGCUGGGAUUCAGAUCAAGAUGAUUAGAACAGAGAAAAUCAAGCAACGGACUAGAAUGCAGCUAAUAGAGCUAAUAAUGCUGCUGGCAAUAAUGCUUCUCCUGCAAGCAAUACAAAUGCAGCAGGAGGUGCCCGUCAUACAGUAAACGCUGACUGA